AUGCCUCUCUCAGACCCAUCCUGGAUGCUGAUUACUUAUUGCACCAAAGCUAUCACUGGGUUUUGUAUUCAGUCAGUCAUAUCGUAUGCACUGUAUCAAGUGAAAACAGGCGGUUUACCUGUCUACCUUAGUAUACUAACAGAUUCCCCCGUGCAGCUUCAGACUGGUAUCUGUAGACUUACAGUUGAGCUACGGCACCAGAAUUGAUGCAGUAGUUCACAGCUCACCUUCUAA